AUGAAUUAUGCAAACAAAGGUAAUUUAAGAGGAAAUUUAACAAGAAUAGUCAAAAGUAAAUGGUAUCAAAAAUUAUAUAUGUUAUUUGAAACUAUUUCUGGACUUAAUAAUAUACAUAGGCAAGAGCUUAUUCAUUGUGAUAUUCAUGAUGGUAAUAUUUUAAAUCAUGAUGAAAGUAAAAUUUAUAUUAGUGAUUUAGGGUUAUGUAAACCUGUAAAAUCAUUUUUGAAAAAAUAUGAUAUUUAUGGUGUUAUACCAUUUAUGGCACCUGAAAUUUUAAGAGGAAAUACAUAUACUCCAGCUAGUGAUAUAUAUAGUUUUUCUAUGAUUAUGUGGGAAUUUACAUCUGGAACACCACCAUUUAAUAAUAGAGCACAUGAUAUUCAACUUACUUUAAGUAUUUGUAAAGGUGAACGUCCUGAAAUUAUUGAAAAUACUCCACAAUGUUAUGUAGAAUUGAUGAAAAAGUGUUGGGAUGAAACCCCAUUAAAAAGACCAUCUUCUGAAGAAGUGUUAAAUAUUAUUAAAGAAUGGAUAUCCCUUCCAUAUGAUAUAAAAGUUGAAGAUGUUAAUGAAAAAUUAAAAUACAAUAUUAUGGAAUUUGUAAAUGCACCAAUUGGGCAUAACAAUAAUCUUGCUACUGAAUCUCAUUCACAGGCAUAUUAUAAAAGUCGCUUAAUUGAUUUUACUAUGAACAAAAUUCUUGAAAGUGAAGAUUCACAAGCUAAUGUAAAAAUGAAUGAAAUGCUAUUAAGUACUAGUGAAGAUUUGGAUGAUUGUAUAGUUAAUUUGGAUUCAUUAGAUAAAAAAUAAUUUGUGUUUUUAUAAGAAUUUAUAGUUUUUUUUGGGUGAUAUUUGGUGUUAUACAUUUAACAGAAAUUGUUGCUUAG